CAUGGAUGUCCACUGCUAGAUUUACAAUGUAUUCCCCAUAGGAAAACACAAAUUAGAAAAGUAGAAUUCAGGAUGGGGAUAUUCAUGAUGUGGAUGGUUUAGGCAGGUUAUAGUAAAAGAACAGACAUCAGUACAGGAGGGCAAAUCAUCAAAAAUGGUAAGUACUCUCCAAGUAGUUCAAAGACUAGCACCACUUGUACAUUGAUAAGACUAGUAUCUUCUUUCACCAUCUUAAUCUUCCGCCAGACAGUAGUAAAAGCUAGUACAAAAUAAAGAUGACGGCUCCUGUGCCUUCUACGGACGGUGAGGGCGUACCUCUCUCGAGGAACAACCCUAAUCUGCAACUUGGAGGGUCAAUGUCCUCUACCUCAGCUGUGAAGAGUGCAGGUGCUGGAGGAGCUGACAGUCCUGCAACGACAGGAGAACCGAUAGGUGGAGGACAAGUACAGAAUGGAGGUAAGAGCGGCCCAGCAGCAACACUGGAAGAUUUCCACACGAUGGCUCGCAAGUAUGGAUUAGACACAUCGCAGGACGACCCGAACCCGUCAAGUAUCGAGACUCUGUUUCCGCUGUUGCUUUCGAAAUUAUGGGAUCAUGUUUACAAAAGGAGAAGAUCGUAAUUUGAAAUGCUGUGAAUCUGGACUACCCAUUCAUUCUAAACAAAGUAGAGGACAGCGAAGAUCCGAAUUUUGCUACUACCAAAUUAAAGAAACUAGACUACCUCUGGCUCUAAGCAAAGAAGACUGUGACCCGAAUUGCGCGACUUACCGCAUUGCCCGCAGCUAUGUCCCUUUUCUAGCAGCCAGUCCAUACGAGAAGAUUUGCGCAGAACCCUCAAGUUUGAAGAACGAGUUGCACUUUAUAAAAAACGAGAUGGAGGAGCUGGCGUCACAGGUUUGUUUUCAUUUUUUAAAGGAGUCAACCGAGUUGCACUUUUAAAAAUCCGAGAUGGAGGAGCUGGCGGCACAGGUUUGUCUUAGUUCUAGUUUCCAAAGGAGGUAACAUAAAAACUAUCGAUUCAAAACAUAACCAACGUAGGCGAAUCUUGUUGACGAGUACACCUCCAAUCAUCAUUAUCAAACACAACAGAACUAAUUUGAUUAAUUUUUCUCCUUUUCUAGUUAGGGGCCCUCUAGCUAGUCUGUCCACACAACAGAACGUCGGCGCAUUUUUGGAGAAUACGACACUCGCAGCGUCAGUUACUGAUGAAGAAUUUCCGGAACUUCUGAGGCGUUAUAAAUCACUCUCACACAUCUUUGAUCCGCUAAAGAGUGCUCUUGAGAGCUUUAACGCGGACGUUGCACCAGUCCUGGCGCAAGAGCGAGAGAGCUUGCGGAAUAUACUGCAGAAGUAUACGGUAUUCUUACAUUCUUAAAUGAGGAAGCUCCGUAGUCUAACACGGUAUUCUUACAAAUAAAAAGUAGUCGACAGUGAGCAACAACAACAACAACAUAAUAUAGAGGAGGUCAAUGUCCAGUUGGUCCGCUUCUUUUUCAAAGCUAUUUGGCAAGAAAAAUAGAGCAACUUAGGUCAUGUUUCACCAUUGACCUUUUUGUUUUUCCUGACAAAAAGCGAGCCCUCAAAAAUACAAAUACACCACGUCUUCUCAAACCCUAAACCCUAAACCCAAACCCUAUCCAGCCUAUCCAAGAACUGCUCGAAGUCCCGCAACUUCUAGACGCCUGUAUCCGGAGGGAGAUGUACGACGAGGUGGUGGAUCUGUUGGGCUUUUCAGCUCACCUUUUCCAAUCCCAUAAAGCCCGGCUUAAGCGGUUAGGUGGGAGUGGCGGAGAAAGUUUCGCAAUACCACUACUAGACUUGCUGGAGACUCAAGUAGCGGCUCAGAGGCAACACUUCGAAGAAAGCCUGCUGUCACAACUGGCGACAGAUAUACAUUUGCCCGCUUGUGUCAGGGUCAUUGUUAUGAUGGAAUAUCGCUUAUACAAUUUACAUUUAGAGCUGAGUAAAAAGUUCAAGUUGUAGGUCGUUACAACUGGAGUUAGCAUUUCGUCACCGUUGCUACUUGCGAAUAAAACUCGAAUCUAACCUCUGUUACCUCCGACGGCUGGGCGCUUACUCGGAAGAACAGAUACGAUCUCUGUUUCUAGACCAAAGGGGCAUUUUCGUACAAAAGCAUCGGAAGCAGAUCGACAAGAAUGUAGCUGCAUCCCCAGUUAGCUGUUUACGCGCAGCGUCGGAUUUGAUGCGGACUUAUGUACUACUUGUAGAUUCAUCUGGUACUGGCUUUGUUCGAUUCUUUAUAUGAAGAUAUCUGAGAUGAAUUUAAUCUUUGAAUGUUGAAAGUUGCUUAAGAAGUACAACGAAACUAAUCUUGUCCAAAAGUAGUCAAUACUCAUACAUCAAGGGGAACAACUUGUAACUACUACUUGUCUUGAUUUCCACUAUCCCUAAAAAGGUCUUCGACAUCGGAAUGCAUUUCAAGGCUUUAUUUUUUCAGUCAGCCAGUGGUUAUGAGAAGAAGCAAACAGAGAUGGUCCUAGCGAACUGGUUACAACUGCAGCUUCGAUGGUUUGUCGAUCUUCUUUCCUCUCAGUUGGCUGUGCCUGAAUAUGGGAUGGCGGCGCAAGGUGCUUGUUGAAAUAAUUCGUCUCGUAUAAGUUCUUCUAAUUAUAUCAACAAGAUGGGGCGAAAGAACAUCAGCCCGUAGCCUUUUCUCCCUGGUGCGACAUGAAACCUACAACUACCUUCCAAUCCCGUAAAUUACAGGAUCUCUCCGUGGUUCCCAGAUUGAUGCGAGUGCUCUCGCUAGUAUCCUCAAGUGCGUGAUGCAUUGUUCGAACACCAUGCGAACGCUAGGUUGUGGCUUCUUUCCCGCUGUGCAGACGGUGUUUCACCAACGGGGGAUCUAUCUCGUAACGUCGCGUCUCGACACAGCACUAGAACGAUUCCAACAGGAGGUCCUCCUCUACGACUGGCUUGUGGCGCCACAGACACAAAGCGGUCCGAUGAAGAUGUCCGCUGGUUCCUCCGUCUCCUUCAUGGUCGAGAACGCCUUGCAGCUGAUGCGGCAUCGUCCUCUAGCAGUCUUUGUUAAGGCUACCCCUAAUCCAUCUCUAUAGGAAUUCCUCAACAAUAUGCAUCCCCAUACAAGGGGAAUACUGUGGCAUAUUGUUGAGGGAUUGCCACAGGGAUGAAUUAGCGAGAGCUCUAACUUUGCCAACGAACUGAUCGCGACUUUCAACGAGCUAAGACAGUGCGCCAUUCCGGGAAUCAGAGCAGCGUGUGUCUUCCACCUGCGGCAAGUGUGCGCUGGGGCGGUGAAUGUGCUGCACUCCUAUCGAGCGGAACAUCUCGGACAGGGGGGCGUGACUGAUGCUUUAUGAGGAGGAUUAAAGCUAACAAGCUGGUAGUGAAGUCAAGAAAAUAGGUAGACAUGGACAACGACCUACCACAUCCCAUGGCAUGAUGGAAGUCAAAAUAGGUAGACAACAUGGACAACGAGAGACCACAUCCCAUGGCGUGAUCCCAUCCUAUUCCCUAUGUAAGUACUUUCGACUUUCAUACCUCGAGUUCGUCGCGCUCUGCCGCAACUUCCGAUAUGUGCUGAUCCCGCUCAUCAACGCGCACUUUCGAGCAAUCUACUCGCGAGAAGACGGCAUUGCCGAAGCGGAGACAGGGCAGAUGUUUGCUGUAUUGGGGGUGUGAAGAGGUGAUGACUCAGGGGGUGGUCAGGUAGUUCACGUGCACACACAGAAGGUUGUUGUAUUGAUCGGUGAUUAGGUAUCAACACCGUUUUCUGAAUAUUGUCGACUUUACUUGUAUGACACGAGCUGUUGUAUGCAGGUGAAGAAAAGAAUCACGAGGCCUCUGGUCCUGCAUUUGUGCGGUGCGGUGUAGUACAGAGACUCAUCGUUCCUGAAAUGGAAAGAUGCUGAAAGUGCAGCAAAAAAAUAGUAACGAAAAAACUGAUGCCUCUCAAAAAAGCUUAAUUUAUCCUGGAAGAAGGAAUAGGAUGCCAUUUUCCACAAACUACUGUGUACUUUCCAAAGGUUUCUUGAAAAACCAAGCGAAAGGCAAAUCAUGUUUGCUUCGCAGAUGUACGAACGCUAUGAGGUCCGCACUGACCCAACUGCAGAGGACGGAAUCGACGCUGCAGAGGAAGACGCAAGCCAAGGAGC